ACGCGCCCCGCCGAGCGCCCGCCCGCCGGGGGCCUGAGCGCUGGGGCGCGUGCGCGAGCGGUGCAGCACCGGCCGCGGGAGCAGGGAGUAUUAUGGGCUGUGGGUGCCUCUGAGCAAGAUGGAGCUGUCUGCAGUGGGCGAGCGGGUCUUCGCGGCCGAAUCCAUCAUCAAACGCCGGAUCCGCAAGGGACGUAUCGAGUACCUGGUGAAAUGGAAGGGGUGGGCAAUCAAGUACAGCACUUGGGAACCAGAGGAGAACAUUCUGGAUUCGAGGCUCAUCGCAGCCUUCGAGCAGAAGGAAAGGGAACGUGAGCUGUAUGGGCCCAAGAAGAGAGGACCCAAACCCAAAACUUUCCUCCUAAAGGCCCGGGCCCAGGCCGAGGCCCUUCGCAUCAGUGAUGUGCAUUUUUCCGUCAAACCGAGCGCCAGCGCCUCCUCACCCAAGCUACACUCCAGUGCCGCGGUGCACCGGCUAAAGAAAGACAUCCGCCGCUGCCACCGCAUGUCCCGCCGCCCCCUGCCACGACCAGAUCCACAAGGGGGCAGCCCUGGCCUGCGCCCACCCAUCUCUCCCUUUUCUGAGACCGUGCGCAUCAUCAACCGCAAGGUGAAGCCUCGGGAGCCCAAGCGGAACCGCAUCAUCCUGAAUCUGAAGGUGAUUGACAAGGGUCCGGGAGGAGGCAGCACUGCACAGGGUGCAGGGGCGCUUGCCCGCCCCAAAGUCCCAUCGCGGAACCGGGUCAUUGGGAAGAGCAAGAAGUUCAGCGAAAGCAUGCUGCGCACCCAGAUCCGCCACAUGAAGUUUGGCUCCUUUGCGCUGUACAAGCCCCCGCCCGCCCCUCUGGCGCCCUCUACUGCGGGCAAAGCCGAAGUGGCCUCUGGUCCUGGGCUGCUCCUGGCCACCCCAGCAGCUGCCCCCUAUGAUGCACACAGCUCCAGCUCUUCCGGCUGCCCCUCACCCACACUGCAGUCCUCUGACCCAGACGAUGCACCACCCAAGCUACUCCCCGAGACCAUGAGCCGAUCUGCUCCCGACUGGCGAGAGCCAGAGGUGCUCGAUCUGUCCAUCCCUCCUGAGGCGGCUGUCACGGGCCAGAGGGCCCCUCCUGAUGUCACUGCGGCUGCGGGCCAGGCCCUCCACACAGCCCUGGAGCCCACAGGUGCCUGCUCCUCCGAGCCCGAGGCUGGGGACUGGCGCCCCGAGAUGUCGCCAUGCUCCAAUGUAGUCGUCACAGAUGUCACCAGCAACCUCCUGACCGUGACCAUCAAGGAAUUCUGCAGCCCUGAGGAUUUUGAGAAGGUGGCUGCUGGGGUGGCAGGUGCUGCAGGGGGUGGUGGUGGCACUGGGCCAAGCAAGUGAGGGGCUUCUUGGAGGAGGGAGGCUUUGGGGGGGUCUCCUUCCUGGAGUCAUACUUGUGCUCCCACCCUGUCCCUGCCCUUAGACCCGUCUGCCUGUGCUUUGCUUGCCUCAAAUGGCUCGGUGUUGACCCAGGGAUGGGGCUGGGUAGUCCUGCACAUGGGUAGGCCUCUGGUAGGGCACAGGAAGGAAGAAAUGCUCCCUGGUGUCCCCAGCUCUGUCCCUGAUUGUGCAGGUGGGGCCCAGUAGGUGGCUUCUGGGGAAGCCCAAGAACUUGGGGUUCACCUGUCCUACCCACACCCCACCCUGCCUCUCCUAGCUUGCUUCUUGCUCUGUGUGCAGUGUCUGGUCUCGGUGCUAUCUCAGCGGCUUCAGGGCCCCUAGGAGAUUCCACCUAGGGUGGGUACAGUUUCUUAGUGCCACCUGGGACCGAGUGAAGGAGAUGAGGCCAAAAUGGGCCCUCUCUCAACACUGCUGAGGGUGGCAGAAGCUGGGCCAGAGGUCUCCUCUGCUUGCCUACAUCAGGACCAGGCCCACACAGAUCUUGUGCCCCAAACACCCUGUGUCUAUCCAAACCCCUUUGAAGGUGGAGGGGCUGGCAGAUGUGGCACCUUGCCGCAGCCUCUGGGCAUCCUAAAGCCCCUCCGUUUUCUACCAAAGGUGCUGUGAGAACCUGCUGUGGAGACUUCUGGCUGUGCAUGCGUGUUUGCCCCUUGGCUUGUUCUCACGUGGAUCCUUGUGUGUGUUGGAUGCAGGGCUUCAGGCUUUCCCGCAACGCCCUUUAUGGUUCCUCAGAACAGGGUCUCUGAAAGCGUGGCCUCCCUUGCCUUAGCCAGGCCUGGCACAGUCCGGUCUGUGUGGUUUGUCGUGGAAGCCACAGGCCUCUCCUCCAAUUCCAGGUUCCUGGGGGACGUGGAACCCUCAGGCCUUUCUUGGGAUGGUCAGCUUGGGAGGCGGACUUUCACACUGCAGACAUAGCAUGGGGACUGUGAUGGGGAGGGCCCAGGUCCAGCCUCUCCUGUUGCAGAUGAUGGAGGAAGGAGACGCCCAGGGACCUCCCAGGGGUCUUGGGUUUCUCCCACCCCUCUGGUUUGCUUUUAGCUGCUGAGCUUCCUGGCAGUCUAGCCUGUGGGAAGACUUUGGGUGCCUUGGGCAGCUUCGGUUGCCCUCUGCUGCUAGGGAACCGAGGUGUCCUUGCCAAUGGCAGAGACCAAAGCCCCAGUUUCAGGGCAGGUCAGAGGGGAGAGGGCGGGUGCCUGUCCCCAGGCAGCACUAGGGCACCACAGCCUGGGGUGCACUUGAGUGUGGAGUGGUAUGUUCCUGUGUGUAGCCUGAGCUGGCUCCUGGUGUACACGGUCUCGGUCCAUGCUCAAAGCGUGGUAAGAGGCAGAACUAGCUGACCUGAGGACGAGUAUUCUGGUCUUAGCGGAAGACUUCUUCCUUCCCACCCCUGCCAAGGUCUGCAGCCCAGCCCCAGCCCUCCUGGCCCCAGGGUAUGAAACAGGGGUCCUCACAGGGUUUGAAGGGGCCACAGUCCAGGUCCCAGCUUGUCCUGUGUUAACCCCAUACCGUCCAAGUGCCAAUUGGCUUUUUCCCCAAAUAAGGGCUGGUAUUUCACCUCUGUCCCCAGAGGCGAUUUCCCCCUCCCCUUUCCCCAGGUGAGCCACCACCUGGGUGCCAGUUACAGGUGUUUGCAGAGACCAUAGAAAUGUGUUUUCCUGAGAGUCUGUGUCAUUUGUGACCUUUUUUUUGUAAAGAAGUUGUGUUUUCAGAGGUGAUUUUAUGACAGGAAAGUGAAAGAGUUAGUUUUGCAAAAAAUGAAAAAAAAGGAAAAAAAUUUUUAAAAAGUUAAAAAAAAACAAAGAAAAGAAAAAAUAGAAAAAAAAAUUAUUGUGAGAUUCCUAAGAGUGUGGAGCGAAGGGAGACCAUAGUAACGCAGCGAUUGCACAGGUGAGGUGGCAGUGUUGGGGUAAGGUGGAGGCCCAAGCUAGCUGGUGGGGCCCCCAGGGUUGAAGGCACCAUGGACAUGGCCAUGGCUGCCCUCCUGGCAGCAGGCAGGGCACAUCUUCUUUGGUGACCUAGGAACAGACUUCCACUCCAGUUCUUGUUUGAAAGGAAGGGUGAUAGCCAGUCCCCAGGGAACCAGCAGGAAGCUCAGGGGACGGGUAGGUAGCAGUUGUGGGAUUUCUUGGGGACUAGAUUCACUGUGCUGAAUUUUCUCCAGCUUGCUGGGACACGUGGUUCCCAGUAGCUCCACAGUCUCCCUAAAGACCCAGAACCUCGAGUUGCCCUGGUUGGGAAAGGGAUACAGGCUGGGGAAGCCGCUGAUGGGGUCACCCCCUCUGUGCAUGCUCUGAGCUCAUGCACAAGGCCUCAAGGUGCGUGGAUGCGGGGAGGCACAGGGCUGCUGGAGAGCAGGACCCCUCUUCCCUCUGCCAGACAGCCUGGAGUGAGGCCUAGAGCUCCCCACACACCCCUGCACAGCCUGCCCCACCCGCCUACUGCAGGCCCCUCCUCCCUUGCUGCUUUUUGUUUUCCUGAUUACCAAGCAGAAGUUGCAGUCCUGUUUGCUUUAUUUUUGUAUGUGAAAUGCCCCCUCCCCCGAUGGUCAUGCCCUGUAAAUGCUCCCUUCCCACCCACUUGUCAGGAAAUGAGAGUAGGCGCGUCCCCAGGGUCUUGGGUUUUGAGAUGGAAGGUUGGGCCCCAUCCCUGUUUAACCGGUCGGGCAGUGCAGCAAGGCCUCCGCACAAGCACUCUGGGGCCUCCAGCUGCCCACAGCCCCUAAAGGAGCAAAGUGAGCCUCCUUCCUCUGGUCAAGCCUCGCUUGCUCCAGUGGGAGGGGUGGAAUGGGAGGCGUUGUCUCUUUCAGAGGAGGCUAAGCCACUUGGCUGGAGUAAGGGAGGGCUUAGAGCCCAGGCCACCCUGGCCUUUGACGGGAAAGAUGGGGACUUCCUCAGCUGGAGAGUGGACCUGGCAGAAACCGGGUCAGUCAAGGAUGUGGGCUUAGGCCAACCCUCAGGCCUCUGGGACCUGAGAGGCCACACCCCUUUCCCUUUUCUGGUUUGUUUGGUUGGCUUUUUUUUUUUUUUUCCCCUUUGUUUUGUUUUGCACUUCAAUGGAAGGUGGAACCCAGUCUGGUCAGCUCUUCCUUGGGUUCCUGUGCACUAAGGCUAAGGUGGCCUCUCGGGGGCUUCUGUGGUUCAAAGAAUCACUUUUUAAAGGAAAAGAGAGAAUUUAAGGGUUUUAGUUUUCUGUCUGCUUCUCUUCUUAGUUCAAAAAGCCCAGAGUGGGGUUUCCACACCCCUUCUGACAGCCACCACCGAGAAGAGGCAGCUGGUUAGGUGGGGGCUCAGGACUCCACUGCCCAGCCUAUAGGUCCCUCCGCCCUUAAAGGACUCCACUCCCACUGUAUGUAGAGCAUCAGCCAGGUGAUGGAGCCAGGGGGCUGGAGAGGCCAGGUGGAAGGAGUCAAAUGCUGGGCAUUUGUGCCAAGGGCUGAAGCAGGCAUCUUUUUGUUGGUUUUAACUUAAAAACACAAAGGCCUAAAGAAAUAUGUAUCUUAUAAUUUUGUUUUAAUUUUUAAGAAGCUCAUUUGAUGAACUGCACGAAUGGAUUCUAUAUAUAUAUAUAUAAUAUACGUACAUAGCUCUAUAUUUGGGGACGGGCACUGUCUCUUUUCUCUUGCGUUUUAAGGAUGACGUGUCUUUGCCUUUGUCUGUGGUUCAACCAUCCAGCUCCCAGCUGGCUAAACUUUGCCUCCAGUGGUUCAUGGCAAGAAUAUGGUAAAGCUGGCCGAUGGACGAAGGGGUGGGGCCCCAGUCUGCCCUGCCCCUUGGGGAGGACUUCCGGUGGGGAAGGUAGCUUCUUUUGGAUGUGGUGUUCGGUAGAUUCUGGGCCAGGGGAGGGCGGGCUCGUGCUGAUCACUCUGUCUCGUUCGUUUCGUUCUGCUGCUCUUCAAUAUUGUAUCGAUGCCAGGAAAAGGGGGUGAGGCCUCUUUCACCCCCAAAUAAAUUGUCACAUUCCGA